CAAACGCACUCUGCUCUUCUUCCGAUGACGUCAGUUUCCCGCGCUGACCUCUGUGUUUCCGACUUCAGGAGGAAACGUGAAGUAAAAGUGCUUCCACGGCUUCUUUACAUUUCCAUUUCUUCCAUAUUCCAGGUGUUUUGUAUCUGACUGAGGAUGCCGUGCACUCAUGACUGGAUUGAGAGCCCUCUGUCGGUGGUGGAGGAGAUAUUCGCGUCCUCGCACAACAACCCCGACUCAAGAUGGGAGGCUAAAGCAGCUGGUUUCUUUAAGGACCAACUAACAAAGGACAGCACUUACACCUUGGUCCCCUCUCUGAACGACGUCCCUCUGCACUACCUGAAGCCCAACAGUCUGGUGAAGUUUCGAUGUUUGAUACAGGACAUGUUUGAUCCGGAGUUCUACAUGGGAGCGUAUGAGACUGUGGAUUCCUCCACAAAGGCGAAAGUGCUGCGAUGUGGAAAGUACAAAGACGUGACUGAAUGUGGGGUGGACUUUAACUCUCCGAGCAUCAAGACCGCAGAGAGACAGACGUUCUACUGUGUGCCCAUCCCUGGAGAGGGUCCCUGGGCCAAAGACGGCUAUGCCAGCUACAGCCAGGUGAAGGUGGUUCCUUCAACCUCGUACACGCCAACCCGACAGAAACGCAGCUACGAAGAGGACGAAGAGUUGAACACGCCCAUGCAGAUGGAGGUAGUCACUGGUCCUCCCUCAGAUCAGAACAGGAGUGGAGACUUUAAGAGACAGGAGACAGAAGCUCCUUCCAGCCAAACCGUGUCUGCGUCUCCUCUCGACCUCAACUUCCCUCUACCAGGAGAGAAAGGCCCGUCCUGCCUCGUCAAGGUGUACGAGGACUGGGACAGUUACAAGCUGAACGAUAUGAUCGAGGUCUACGGGAUCCUCUCUGUCAGCCCGGCUCUCAGUGCUUUAGCUGACAAGAAUGAAGCCUCGUCCUCCAUCCUGGACCCUGCAGAGAGCGCAGAGACGGCAGAGGAGCAGAAAGUGCACAGUCCUCCAGCCUCUCUGGUUCCACGGCUCCACAUGCUCUACACCAAGAGACUGCCAAACAACAACCCUCUACUGCCCUCUGCCAGACUGGAGGACAACAGCAACUUUUUGUCCUCCACCCUGACCGACAUGGCCUUAGUCAAAGUGGAGCUGCACGCGUACCUGACUCAAGUUCUUCUGGGAGACGCUCUGGCUGCGGAGUACCUCAUCCUGCACCUCAUCUCUAGUGUGUACACCAGGCGAGACGUUCUUCCGUUGGGCAAGUUCUCCUUGAACCUCAGUGGCUGUCCAGUGGUCGGCUCGUACACUGAACACCUCUACAAGAUCAUCCAGCAGCUCGUGCCUUCUUCAUACUACCUUAGCAUGAACCUCCAGAACAUGAACCAAAUGAGGAUGGUUCCCAAAAAGGAUUACGUGGGCAACCGGCUUCUGAGUGGAAUCCUGCAGCUGGCCAAAAACACGGCCCUGUUCCUGGAUGAGACCAAGCUGGAGCAGGGACAGCUGGACGCGACAGGUGUGCGUAACGUCACGGCCCUGGGUAACGUGAUCUCGUGGCAGAAAGUUGAAUAUGACUUUAACUACCACCAGAUGGAAUUCCCCUGCAAUAUUAACGUGCUCACCGCAUCCGAGGGACGCUCUCUGCUGCCAUCAGACUGCCACAUACACCUGCAGCCUCAGGUGAACCCAUCCAACAUGGAGGAGUACAUGAGCAGUAUCCACGGGCCUCAGCAGGUGACAUCACAGCUGAACAAGUUCAGGAUCUACCUGACCGUGGCUCAGAUGCUGGAUUAUAGCAUCUCUGACGAGGUGAUAAAGUCUUUGGAGGAUGACUUUGUGGAUAUGAGGAAGGACGACCCCCAGAGCAUGUCUGCUGAAGACUUCCACAGGAUGCUUGUUGUCUCAAGGUUGCUGUCUCUCAGCCUCGGACAGACGUCUCUGGGCAGAGACAGCUGGCAGAGAGUCAAACAUAUGGAGAUUCUGCGGAAGGAAAGGAUGCCGCAGCAAACGUGUCUCAAUGGCAACGAGCAGUGAGCAAAUACACAAACAAAUUGUUCUGUUUUGAUAACAAUGCUUUAUAAUUAAAGAUGUUUUUCAUACGC